GGUUGAGUUCUGGGACUCACUCGACUCGACUCGACUUUUCACUCAACAACAACUGUCAUUGGGGGUAACUGUGAUUCAGUCAAGCAUGCGUGCGGGAGAAAUACUGCCGUGGACUCGACUCCCGCCAAGGGAGAACCCACGAUCAUUGCCAUCGUGCUUGUCACAUGCUGAGCCACGAUGGACUCGACUGCUGCAAUGGCUCACGCCACAAUGUUUAGCGUAACGCCCACGCACUUAGCGCUCAACAAAAAUUUCAGGCCUAAGUAGAGGUCAACGCAUCGGAGAACUUGCAAAUACUCACAUUUUGGCUACCCGACGAAAAUUUCGUGAGUGAACGAAUCUGCUUCGGCAAUCUGACAGCGGUCUGUACUGUAUGUGGCGUGGGAAGCUCAACAGAAACAUGUUUAUCGGCGGAACAAUCCACAGUUUCCACAGUAGUCUUCUUGUGGACUAUAUCACAUCCAACGAUCCAAGUUAUCACACACAAGAAGUUUCGCCUCUCCAUUUGGAAUUUCUACGCCGCCCACCGUAGACGAAGCGAAAGAUACCAAAUUGGUUCAGUAGCAGGGAGCGGAGAAGCCACAGCGAAGACAGCGAAACAACGAAGAAUCACAACAUAUUCUAGCAAGUCGCUGUUACGGAGGAGUCGUUGAGUUCUUUCAUAAAACGUUUCGCGACAGUCACCAGGAAGCUCCCAUCGACUUUCAGAUACCCACGAGACCAAGAUGUUUUCUUUCAAAUCAAUCAUGCUACUUCUUACCGCUGCGCUCAGUCAUGGACAAUCUACGGACUUAUCCUACCUUCAGUCGCCCAAGCUUAUGUGGGAGACUCAGGUAGACGGCAUUCUUGAUGGCAACGGUGUGUCCACCAGUCCCGACGACGCAAUUACAGUUGUGACUCAAACGAGCGGGAAAAUCACCGCCUUUGACACUCACACUGGUGCGAAGCUUUGGACAUAUGCUCCCCCACGCAAUGGAGAUUAUCCACUCAGCUGCCAAGGUGGAGGAACUUUCUCUACAAAAGGAUUUGAGGACUUUAUUGUCUACUCGGUUGUGGAUAACCCAAACGGUCCUCGUGACACAUUCACGCGUGUGGUGUCUUUGUCAUUUGAUGGUUCUGUUAAUUGGAUUUCAGCUCCUUUGGAAGGUGCCGCAGCAGGUAGCCCACUUGCAUCCUUCGACGGCCGCUAUGUUUUCCUUACACACAACUCCAACGUGAUGCAAGUGGGACACUUUUCAGUUUUGGACUCCUUUGGUGCAACGAAUGAAACUGCUGUGCUUCCCCUCUACAGCGAAUUCAACACUACGAGCGCUUUCAGCCCACCCGGAAUCUACCACAGACCAGAAGAAGGAUACUACGAUGGAGGCCAGGGCAACACAAACGAUAUUGUGCUUUGGUCUCAUGCUCCCAACCCAGCUGAAGACAGAGUUGGGUUUGGCGCCGCCUUUGUCUUUCAGUUCCCUCUUGGUUACGUUGCUCCAAAUCAGCCUGUUUCCAUUGGCAGGCAAUCGGAUCAGAAUCCAUCGGGUGUUGACGGAUUCGAUGCAAACACCGGAAGACGCUUGUUUUGGAUCAUUCUUGGAGACCAAACAAGAGACUGGCAAGCUGUUUCUGCGCCAGUGCUAACAAACCUUGGAAGAAGUCUGUAUUGGUCUGUGUCACGAAGCCAGUUCCGCGCCUGGGUUGGACAGGCUGGAACGAGUUCGGCGCGCUUCAACCGUGGUAAGACAGCAGGCCCACAGUUUUCCCGCGGAAGUCCUCGAUAUGCUGCGUGCCCCAAUACUCCUGCCUUGAGCAGCAGCACUACCCAGCCAAUGGUUUUCGCAGGGACAGCAUCCACCGAGUUCGUCAAGAUGAACUACUUGUUGGACGAAGAAGUUGUGCGAAACACUACUUCAUUUGUGAGCGCAAGAGCAGUCGUAUCACCCGACGACAAAUUUGUAUACUAUACUGAGUUCUCCGGUACCUUGCACCAAGCCAGCACUGAAGAUCUCGAGGAUACCUGGAACAUCACAAACCUCGGAGUACUGAAUGGCGAAUUUGCCAUGACAAAAGAUGGAUCCAUGAUUAUUGUUGGUGAUGUGACAGGAUAUGUCAUGGCAUACCAAGUUGCAUCUAUGCCAACUCCAUCGCCCACAGCUUCACCAACUGCAAAUCCCACCGCCAUUCCUGCCCCCAACCACAACCAACCCCGGGGGUCCGUCCGACAACAGGAGCAACCCCGACUCUCCCCCCUGCAAACCCAACCCCGAAGCCAACACGAUCCCCCAUUUUCUUGUCAGUGCCAACGAUGCCGCAACAGCCACUACCAACGGCUGAUUCGUCCAGUGUACGGUCCGGUGUCCAGCUUGCCUGGAUUUCUCUUCUUGCGAUUUUCGCACUGAUUAUGUAGCUCUUCUGUGGCGACGAACGGAGCUAUUGGGCAUCAUCACUACGUGGAAUAUGAUGACUAGUCACCUAUGCUCAUGGUCUGACAUGAUGGGCUUCAGAGGUCUUUAUCAAGACGAAACAGAAACAAUCAAGAACAAAAACUAUUAUAGAUGUAACUUAUAAGCAAAGCAUUCAAUAUC